AUGGACUGGGUGGAACAAUUUAACAUUUCUGACCUGAAAGGACCAAAGAAUCCGCCAACAUCUGGUCCACUGAGUUUCACCAGCAGACAGCUCCCUCGAGAUUACUACGAUGUUAAAUCAAUGAAGGUAAAGCUUAUCUGCAACUUCGGUGGCACUUUCUUGCCAAGGCCAAGCGACGGCGAGCUCCGGUACAUCGGUGGUGACAGGCAUCUGAUGAAAAUUAGCCGGGACAUUUCUUGGCAAGAGUUGGUCAGCAAGACAACAAGGCUAAUAAGGAGAGCCCACACAAUAAAGUACCACCUACCAGGGGAGCAACUGAGCAUGCUCAUCUCCAUCACCUCCGAUGAUGACCUCCGGCAUAUGAUUGAUGAGUGCAUUGUGCUAGAGGAAAACAGAGAAAUGAUCAACAUGUACCUCUUCUCUCGCAAGGACGAUGAGCGCCACAUGCGUUUCGUGGUACAAGGCUCAUCCGAUGCCGAGAAAGAGGCGCAGUUCAUCGCUCUUGUCAAUGGGAUCAUCACCACACCAGGUUAUGAGCUGAGAGCACACAGCAUCGGUAGAUCCUCGGCCAAUGACCUGGACCAGCUGAUGUUUGGCAUCGGUGUGGAAGCAGGGCCGCCGGCAGGCAGAACAGAGGAAGCUUCAGUGCCCAUCAAAAGCAAGCCCUUGCAGAGCAUCGCGGUACCGCCAGUGAUAGCAGGUGGUCAGCUGGAGAGGACUCCCCCAAGUACCCAGAGACGGAUGAUCAACCAGUAUUAUAAGGCACAAGGUAACGAAGAUAGCAUGAUCUCUGCAGCCAGAAAGACUAGUAAAGCUUCCCCUGGUGCAUCUGCGCCUUCUGAAUCCACGGUGCAGCAUCAACAGACUACCACAGACACUUACAGAACUACUGGGGCACAGGAAAAAAUAUCACCAAGGAAACAGCUUCAGAUACCAUUGGACAACAGUAGUGUGACGACGCAGCCAUCAAAUUCACUAAGGAAGAACACUAAUUUCCAGCCGCACAACAGGAUGGAGAUAUCUGAACCUAGUCAUGAAUCCACUAGUCCUGGCGGCAACGUCAGUGCAAACUUGCAGUAUCCGGAGAGGUCAGUUCCAACCAACAGCAUCCAGAAGAACCAACCUGCAGGUCCUGCAACAUCGGUACUUCCUUUUGCUUCUACACCUUUAGACAAAAGGAUAAAUCUGCAACCAAAUACUCUUGUACGUGCUUCGAGUGAUACAAUACAAGAACGACCCAGCAGUCCAACAACAGAUGAGCAUUCAUCAGAAAUCACUCGAUUUCGCUCGGUUGGCACUGGCAUCAUUAAUCCUCAAAUCAGAGCUCCAUUGCAUGAAGCUGAAGAAAAUGCUGCACCAUCAAUCCCAGAGGCUGAGCUACGUGAAACCAAGAGCAGUGAAAAAUCUCUGCCUGCAAAUGCAGUGUUGGGCAGAGAUCUUAUGAGUAAUGUCCAGGACUUCUUCCUAAAGUUGAUGUCAUACAAAUGGCAGAUAAUAAGCAACGAUGACCUCGAAGAUCUCCGUGAGAUGGGUGCCGGAGCAUUUGGAACUGUUUUUCAUGGAAAAUGGAGGGGAACAGAUGUUGCCAUUAAACGGAUAAACAACAGCUGUUUUUCAUACCAAUCAUCACAGGCAGAUAAACUGAUAACAGAAUUUUGGAGAGAGGCUGCUAUCAUCUCAAAACUUCACCAUCCGAAUAUUCUGGCACUUUACGGGGUUGUGAAUAAUGGGCCAGGGGGGACAUUAGCUACUGUAACAGAAUUCAUGGUCAAUGGAUCUCUGAAGAAAGUACUCAGUCGCAAGGACAAAUAUCUCGAUUGGCGCAAGAGGGUACUUGUUGCAAUGGAUGCCGCCAUUGGAAUGGAAUAUUUGCACUCCAAGGACAUUGUCCAUUUCGAUCUGAAAUGCGAUAACUUGCUAGUGAAUGUUAAGGAUCCCUCUCGUCCCAUAUGCAAGGUUGCCGAUUUUGGUUUAUCAAAGAUGAAACAAGCCACCAUGGUUUCUGGUGGAAUGAGAGGAACUCUUCCAUGGAUGGCCCCAGAAUUGUUGACAAUGAGUGGCACAAAAGUAUCUGAAAAGGUCGAUGUCUAUUCUUUUGGCGUUGUGAUGUGGGAAAUUCUCACUGGUGAGGAUCCAUAUGAUGGCAUGCACUAUGGAGGAGUUAUAGGGGGUAUUUUGAGUGACACACUGAGGCCGCCAGUGCCCACUUCAUGUAACCCGGAAUGGAGGAAACUCAUGGAGCAAUGCUGGUCAACUGAGCCUGAGCGAAGACCUUCAUUCACUGAAGUCGCAACUUGUCUUCGUUCUAUGCUGCAAGCGCAAAAAUGA